GUGAAGGGAACAAGCGGCAGGUCUUUCAAGACCCAUCAUAUCUUAGCGCAAGAUGCUGGUCGUUCUCCCACUGUUGUACGGUCAUCUAUGUUUGAACUUGUCAAAAAGACUUCACAGAAGAGAAAGCCCACCCUCAAGCAAAUGUGAGAACCUUUUAAAUAAAAUGUAGAUCAUAUCCACUAUGAAGUAUGUCAUUUAUUCGCGAAGAAUUCAAAAUGGCAGGAACGUGUGAUGAACCCCUAAGAACGUCUGCGGGGAGGCUACAGAACAACAGCUGCACCAAAAAACAUAAACGAUCAACAAUAGUGUCCACAACGCAGAACACCUAAAUUUUGUAAUAAAAUUGAGAAAGGAAAAAAAUAAUGGUAAAAAGUGCCACGUGAAAGUAAUGCUCAGGAGACUUAAUUUCAAUGAACGCAUCACUGGAUUUCUUUUCAGACUCAAAAGUUGUAAUGUAUAGUUGACUUCAAGAAUAGAAAGGUUAAGAGAAUUACUUGAUUCUUCAAGCGGCAUAAGCAUCAUUUUCAUUUGUUGUGUACUCAGUUAAUUGGAAUCUUUCACUAAGUACAGCAUUUAUGAUUUUUAAAACCAAAUGACAAUGUAACUUAAUUAUUAUUGUUUUCAUCACUGCAAGGCGCAUUUCUUCACUUGAAUUCCCUGCCAAGAUUUCUAUAUUUUCCUUGUUGAGGUGAUGCUGUUGUUUAUUUUCAAGGUUGGUUGAUCCUCAGAUGAAAAAUUUCAAGCACUCAGCAGUGUUGGUAGCAAGGUGAGAUACUCAACACAUUUAUUGUUGAAAAAAUGAUACGAAAAUCUUACUUAGGAACUGUGAGAUGAAGAAUUAAAUGAAAGAUGUUCAUCACAGUUGUAGACGCAACUUUUGCAGUUGUGAAAAGCAAGCUUGUUAAAUUUAGGCUCGUACAGGACCGGGGAGGGGGGGGGGGUACUGCCAUAUAUGGGCUAUAUAAGUACGUGCCGCUGUGAAGGGUAUGGUUUUCAAGCAGUUUACUGUAGGAUAGGGUAUAUAAAUCAGAGCGUUUGGGUCUAGAAUAGGGUAUUCUUUUUCAGGAAACUGAUCAGUUGGUUGAAGACUUUAUCUAGACUAGGGAUUGUGGUAUAAGGUUUUGUUUUGGCUAGACUGUGCUAGUGACCUCAGUAGUUUCUGGAAAACAGCUACUCUUGGAUAGGGGGGGUUAGGGGAGUUUACUCUAGUAUAGGGUAGCAAAAUUCAGCUGAACUAGCUCUGGUAUAGGCUAAGGGUUCCAGGGUCCCAGCAGCACAUCCCUACCCGGGAAUUCCUAAAGUACCCCCCUCCCCCCCCCCCUGGGUACAGGACAAGUCAACUGGAAGAAGUUCACCCUUUCAUGGGUUUGUAAUCAACCAGUUCAUUGACCUGCGCCUAGUUGGCUUACUAGCUCAAAUGGUAGAGCACUGCACUGGUAUCUUUGAUGUCAAGUUUUAAAAUUCCAUACAAACCUGUUGUGGCUGUAUUAUCUUGGUUAAUUCUUUAAUAUGCUACUCAUAAAUGAAACAUUAUUAUCUUUUGUAGUGGAAUUUCUGAAGAAAAGACUUUAAACCCAGUCCAGCUAGCUACACAGAAGGCAGAAAGGAUUGCGAGAGAAAAGGCGGCUGCACAGAGUGCUGUGGUGAGAGAAAACUGCACUUUUAUAUUGGGGUCCUAUCCCUCACAUUUUACUAUAAUUUUAUCAUUGAGAUGGUUAUUUUACAUUAUGCUGAUCUCCAUCGUACUUUAUUGUAUUUUAAAGCAAGGAAAGAAAAUGAUGUGUUAAAGUGAAGUUAUUGUUGAUGUACUUUAAAUCAUGGCAUUUUAAUUCCCCUUAUACUUUGUGAAGUGUAUCAUCCAUAGUUCAAACAGAUGUAGUGCUUGCCUGAGGUUGAACCUAACGGCCAUUCUUAUAACAAUUGUGCAGUUAUUUUGAGGCAGUGCUUCGACAGAUCAAUACAGUUCUGUUCAUGGUACCUAUUUUUUUGCCAAAAAAAUAACCCUGCAUUCAUCUUACUUGCAUUGUUUUGCAUUAGUUACAACAGCAGCAGCAGCAACAACAACAAAGUCAACAGCAACACCAAAAUCCACAAGUGGCUGCACAAUCUCAACUUCAACAACCACAGGGAGCCCAAGUUUCCCAACAGCCACCUGCAGCGAAGCAAAUGCCAACCACUACUCCACAGCUCCCUGCUCAAAAACUUACAGCCACCAGUCAACUGAACUCAACAUCUGCUGCUGUAAGUCUAUUGUUGUUGUCUCUAUGGAGUGUAUAAAUGAGCCAGGGAUGGAGUUAGAGAUCUAGAGAAAAAUUCUUGAGAUUGUAUGACCCUCUCAGGGUACUAGAAAAACAUGUAGUGCCCCUCCCAAGAGUAUGGAACAUAACAAAACCCUUCCCACUUGCUUUAGCAAUACCCAAGUCAGACACUGUGUAGUACAAUAAUACUGCCACUGCAGUCGUAAUGACAAAUUAAUGAAUACCUUUUGUUUGAACUGCAUCAUUACAGAGGUUUCAAGGAUAAAUCUUUAUUUUUAUACUAAGAAAACAGUCAACAAAAAUGUUAAGUUAGAGCCAGAAAUGUAUUGUUUAGUGUUGGCAAAAGAGAACUUCACCUGUAAAAUUGCGGUUGGGCAGCACAUUUUGAAGAGGUGGUGGGUGGCAACCCUGUACAAUGAUUACAUCAAAAUAAUGUGUCACCUUCAAUGUUUUCAGGCGAUGGCAGCUCUUCAGAAAAGUGUAACACUUCAAAGUGCAGCUGGAACCACAGCUGCAUCCACUUUAUUGAAGACUUCAGGUAAAUGGGCUAGUUCAAAACUUAGACGGCUAGCAAUUUAUUUGUCAGAAGAGUCCAAUCAGACAACUUGAGUCAUAAAGAGAAUUCUACAUCAGCGCUAUAUAUCCAGCAAGAUUAGUCUAUUUCUAAGCAUUAUACAUUGCAUUGAUGGUUUUUAAGUUAAGACAAGUGUGAGCAAGAAUUUACCAGUUACUCAAACUUGUUUGAUUGACAGCUGCGGGUAUAGUGCUGAGUGGACAGGCAGUACCAACAGGCAGUGGAUCGAGUAUUGUAGUCAACACACACAAGGGUAAUGCUACAGGCCUCAGUUCCAUGGCAUCAUCCUCCUUUGCAACAAUUAACAAGAGGAUGCAAGCGAAAACUUUGGUUCAAGUUCAAACUGUAAGUACCAAAAGUUGUUUGGUGGGGACUUAGAAUCUCAUAAGGUUUUUAAAAGGGCGUUGAGAGUUUUUCAAUAGGAGUGAUGCAGUCUGUACCAUCUGGAAGACUCUAAUAAACGAAGGUAGCUAAAUGACGGACCAGAAAUUGCUUUUCAUAAUGGUGCAUUUUCACAUCAGGGGGUGGUAGGUCAGACGAUCAGCACAACCAGUAUGAGCGGAAGUAGGUCUACUGAUAGCCUACAUAGCAGUCGUUUCCGCUUCCUUUUAGCCGCGUGGAAGAAUCACACGAGAAGCCCAAGUAGAGAAGGGAGCAAUUUUUGGUGGCCUUCCCGCAUCUCCCUCACGUCUCUGGCUUGGCUAAGAGGAAGUGGAAACGACUGCUACACAGGCUAGCCUACUGAUGGUCCUUGAAUGGCAUGUCAUUAAAAAUGGUCUAAAAAUUUAUAUAUGGCCCAAUUUGAUAUCUGAAGUGCAUGGUGAAAAAGCUGCUAUCAUAUGGAUUGAGUAUUGACUAAUCAGUCAUCAGGAUGGUAUUUGCUUGAUUUCCCCCCCAUUCAAAAGAAAGAGGCUUACCUUGGGAAAGGGGAUUCUCGGCUCGGAAAUCGUAAAUGAAAAGUGCAAAGCUAUGUACUGUUUUAAAAUUACUGUGGAAAAACCAUGCAUGCGAGUAUUUUCUCUAAAAAAAUGCUUCUCGUUAUUACCUUAAAUCCUCUUUUCAAAGUUAGUCUUAGGUGUAAAGGUAAGUUUUUCCCGGUAUUUACACUCAGACGUAAAUGAGGUUAUCUUCUUUCGUGCUUUGCUGAAAAGGCUAAAGUCAACUCAAAGUGGCUUAUAUCAAAAAACAUUUAUCAUUUUAAUCUCUUCGGUAAGAGCAAAAGCGAUUAUGUUCAGUGAAAAAGAUAAAGACGUAAGGUAUUGUGUCAAAGGUUGGGGUUUGGCUAAUGAAGGUAAAGGGUUUAUGAGCCACUUGCAUAAUUUUUCCAGAAUGCGUCUUCUGCUGGGACAUCCACAACAAGAGUUUUGCAGACUCAGCCAAGUCAAGUAAGCAGCCCUCUUGCANCGAUUAUGUUCAGUGAAAAUGAUAAAGACGUAAGUGGGGUUUGGCUAAUGAAGGUAAAGGGUUUAUGAGCCACUUGCAUAAUUUUUCCAGAAUGCGUCUUCUGCUGGGACAUCCACAACAAGAGUUUUGCAGACUCAGCCAAGUCAAGUAAGCAGCCCUCUUGCAACCUCAGCUACUGCAACAUCAAUGACACUUGGUGCCGCCAGCAGCUUAGCACCUGCAUCAUCAUCGACAGUUGUCAGUCAGGUAAAAAGCACCUCUACAUAAUAAUUUUGUUUUCAACAACUACCUCGCAAGUGGAGGUUGGGUGCCUGAGACAUCCAGCAGCCUUCACUAGUGGUAUCCAGCUCCUAGAUGGAGACUGCUCCCAUUGCCAGCAAAUCACACAACCCAGCUAUGAGCUCCACCCACAAAGAAGAGAGCCAGCAGCCGUCACACUGGCAAAAUGUGGAGGGAAAGGGGAAGAGCUCCAAGCUUAAUACAACACCAUCACUAAAGAAACGCCCAUGCUCAUGCCAAACACACUUUGGUUCAUGAGCACGUGGAAUCCUGUUGCAUGCGCAUCUGUAAAUGCCGCUGACCACAAAGGAAGGCUAAUGCUCCUCGUUAACUACUUUAUUUAAAAUUACAUUUGACUGCAUUAAAUAAUCGUGUAUGUGAACUGCAGACAAUACAUGGCAGUAAUGGUUUAAUUUUUAACAGUUUAUAAACAUCCCUGAAAAGUAACAAUCAUGUUCAGUAUUCAAAGCCUGGCUUUUGUAAUAACUGGUCACAACAACAACCAGUUGGAGACCCGGUCAACUGUGAGUUUGUGAUUUACCCAGUGAUGGUAAUUUAUUAAAGUGAGUGUAUAAAAUAAUCAUAUGCACAAAACCCAGACUAAACAUAUGAAUGAUGGUGAUCCUCUUUUUCUCAUAGGUUGGUCAGCAGACGUCCUCUCCAUCAGUUGCUUCUGCAAGUAUGUAUUGUGUGUGUGUGGUUUGUUUACGUACAUACCCGUAUUAUCAACUCAGUCACUCCAUACGAGAUCUAGAGUGCUUACCAUUUACUUGGGAAAACCGGAAAUUCCGGUUGGAAAAUCAAAUAGUUCUCGCUAUUCUAUUUGGGUGUACUUUAUAGCUUUUCGUUCUCCCACCGGGUCGAAUUUUAUAGAUUGAUGUUUCUGAACAAGAUUUCCACCCGGGUGGUUUGUAUAAAUGACACGCACCCCUAGUUAACCCCCCUCCCCCUCCCACUUCCACUCCCCGUCUAUCACAUACUGCUUGGCCACCACUGGGAUUGAAAGUGUAAAUGUUGCUUCUGAUGUAAUGUUCUCUGAUUUGUGUUGUCAAUAGGCCACAGUCUUCCAGUGGCUACCCAGCAGUAUGUAAACCAGGCCGGAGUCAAGCUAACGCCCCAGCAAGUUGCUUUCUUCAGACAGCAGCAAAUCCAGCAACAACUGAAAAGGCAACAAGCAGAUCACCUAAAGCAGCAGCAGCAGCAGCAGCUCAAGCGCUUUCAGAUUCAGCACGUGAAUCAAGGGCAAAUUAACAAAGGUGCCGGUACCCCCGCUGCCGCUGUUAACAUACCUAAGCAAGGAACAGUUCAACAAGCUUCUGUUCAACAGAGACAGCAGAUGGCAAACCAACAACAAGCACAGGCUGCUGCUAUCCUCCAAAAGAAGGCUCCACAGACUCUCACCCAGCAGCAGAUUCAACAGAUCCUGUCAAAACAGCAGCUGUCGCAUUUGACCCCUCAACAACAGCUACAGCUGCGGCAACAGAUUCAACAGCAGCAUCAGCAACAGAUAAUGCAAAAACUGGCGUUGCAGAAGCAGCAUCAACAACAACAGCAGCAUGGUGUCGGGAACGUGACCACCAUGCAAAGUGCACAGGCAGGUCAACCUGUUGCAGCACCUUCAAGUGUAGCAAAGCCCAUGACGCCUCAAGUUCAGGCACAGUUACUUGCAGUACACAAGCAGAAGCAACAGCAGCAGCAGCAGGUUGCAGGUGGCAUGCAGGUUCAAAGUCAGGUGGCACCGCAGCCUGUAGUCUCACUUACGACAGCACAGGUUCAGCAGCAGCAGUCCCAGCAACCUCAGCAGAUGGCGACUGUGACGCUGGGACAGAGGACCGCUGCUCCAGCUGUUCAGUUACUACAGCAGCAACAACAGGCAGCCCAACAACAGCAACAAGCACAGCAGCAGCAGCAGCAAGCACAGCAUCAGUCCCCAUACCAAAUGAGGCUUCGCAAUCCACCCAAACAUUAA